UGAUAACUCUUCAGGGAGUUCUGGAAGGUAAACAUGACAAAGCCAUUGAGGAGUCCCUGGAUCAACACCAGAUUUCUAAAGACGGAUGGUGGUCAUCACUUUACAAAAUGGUUGAAGGUCUUGCUGUCAUGAGCAGACUGGCUCGGAACAGGCUCCACAACUCGGAAUAUGGUUUUGAAGACAGAUCAAUUGACUGGGACCGAGCAGAAAUGUAGGCUGCAAUACUAUCUGUCCAGUUUAUAUUGUCACGAGUGAUGCAUUUCUCCCUUACAACAGAAGCACAUUCAAGCUUGCAGGCUAUCUCGAACGGUUAAACAAAUCAAUCAUGUAGUUCAUAACAGAUUGGCGUUUUCACCCUGAAUGCAUGCAUUAACUCAGAUCAACUCUGUAGGGUGUUAAACCAUGUUGACCAUCCGAACAAUUAUUGAAGUCUUAUCCUAUGUUGUCCGCGUUCCACUGCCAACCAAAAAUUUGUGGUCCAAACAAUUCA